CCGUGAGAUUGUGACCUGAGCUGAAGCCAGAAACCAGACGCUUAACCGACUGAGCCACCCAGGCACCCCCAGAACAUAGGCUUUGUCACCAGACUUUCUGGUAUCAGAUCUCAGCCCUCCUGCUAACUGGCCACACAUCUCUGGCUUAAGUCUGUCGAUUAAAAAUGGGGAAGCCAGGGCGCCUGGCUGGCUCAGUGUGCCGCUUGGCCUCAGGGUUGUGAGUUUGAGCCCCAAGUUGGGCGUAGGGAUUACUUAAAAUCUUUAAGCUGGGGAAACUAAGCACUACCUUGUAGGAUAAUGAGGAGCAGAGGAGGUAAUACCUGGGGGUCAGCGGCUCCCACGGAAGGGGAUGGGAAGCCCUUCUCUCUCUCUUGCCACUUUCCAGCCAGAACUGGACCCCAGCCCACACGCAGGGCAGUUGGUGGAGGCAGGGGUGCUUCUGCAGGAUUCCCAACCCCUCUGCAAAACGGCCAUGACACGGGGAACGCUGAUCCCAUACUGGUGUGUGCCUAGCAGUUGGGACUGUUAGGACUUUUGACUAUCACCCCCUUUGCCACUUUUUGCCUCCUCUGGGAGAGGAAUCAGAGCAUGAGGUGCCUGUGGCAGGAGGCCUUUCGGCCCAGAUACUGAAGAGCCUUUUGGGGGUGGAUAGUGAGGGGUGGAUAGUGAGGACGCCUAGAUACAGUAUAUCUCAGAGGACUGUGGGACCCAGGGCAUCCCGAAGGAGAGUGUCCCCGGGUGUCAUGCAGGGUGGGUGAGACCCAGAGUGCUGCCUUCGGGUCCGUAGCCCUGGCUCUGUGAUCAGUGUCCUCCCCUCCCCCCGCCACUGUGUGUGACUUUGGCUACGUCACCGUCACUGUAUGGCUCUAGAACUCAGAUCUUCAACUGAAAAAUGGGACCCCAAAGCCCUGAUUGCACCCACAGUGGUUGUGAGGUGCUUUCUGUGCAGUGACCACAACGGCUCAAAUUUGGGACGCCUGCUACUCCUUUCAGAUGAGCCUUCUAGCAAGAGAAGGAAGAGGCCCCAGAGCAGGGGCGCACCCAGCCAGCCCCGCUCUGCUCCAUGUUGGCUGCGCCCUCAGGCUGGCGCCAUGCCCCCCCCAGCAGAGGUGACGGACCCGUCCCACGCCCCCGCCGUCCUGCACCAGCUCAACGAGCAGCGGCUCCGUGGCCUCUUCUGUGAUGUCACCCUCAUAGCCGGAGACACCAAGUUCCCUGCUCACCGCAGUGUCCUGGCUGCGUCUAGUCCCUUCUUCAGAGAGGCCUUGCUCGCCUCAGCUCCACUACCCCUCCCGCCAGUGACUGGGGGCCCUGCCCCCACCCCGGCCACCACCACAGCUGCCUCUUCUUCCUCCUCGUCCUCCUCUUCUUCCUCCUCCUCCUCCUCUUCCUCUUCCUCCUCCUCUUCUUCCUCUUCCUCAUCUUCCCCCCCUCCGGCCUCAUCCCCCACCUCCUCCCCACCCCGGGUCCUGGAGCUGCCAGGGGUCCCGGCAGCCGCCUUCUCUGAUGUCCUCAACUUCAUCUACAGUGCCCGGCUAGCACUCCCGGGCGGCGGAGGGGACGGAGCAGCGGUGGCCGAGAUCGGGGCCCUGGGGCGGCGGCUGGGUAUCUCCCGCCUGCAGGGCCUGGGGGAGGGAGGCGAUGCCUGGGUACCUCCGGCCCCAGCCCCCAUGGCCAGCUCGCAGCCUGAACACGAUGGCUUCGGGACCGGGCCUAGGCCGGCCGGGGAGUGGGAAGGCGGCAGGGCUGAGGCCCAGGCCUCUGACCCGCAGCCCCCGCUGUCCCGGCGGCCCCUCCCCUGCCCCAGAUGCGGGAAAAGCUUCAUCCAUCCCAAGCGGCUGCAGACCCAUGAGGCGCAGUGCCGGCGGGGGGCCAGCCCCCGGGGCUCUGCAGUGCUGGGCUCCGGGGGCCCCAGUGGUCCCGCGGGCGUGGACGCCUCAGCCCUGCCCCCGCCGGUGGGCUUCCGAGGUGGCCCUGAGCACGUGGUGAAGGUGGUGGGCGGCCACGUGCUGUACGUGUGCGCGGCUUGCGAGCGUUCCUACGUGACCCUGUCCAGCCUGAAGCGGCACAGCAACGUGCACUCCUGGCGGAGGAAGUACCCGUGUCGCUACUGUGAGAAGGUGUUCGCCCUGGCUGAGUACCGGACCAAGCACGAGGUGUGGCACACUGGGGAGCGCAGGUACCAGUGCAUCUUCUGCUGGGAGACCUUUGUCACUUAUUAUAACCUGAAGACCCACCAGCGAGCCUUCCACGGCAUCAGCCCGGGCCUCUUAGCCAGUGAGAAGACACCCAACGGAGGCUACAAGCCCAAGCUCAAUACCCUCAAGCUCUACCGCCUGCUCCCCAUGCGGGCAGCCAAGCGGCCCUAUAAGACCUACAGCCAGGGAGCCCCUGAGGCCCCUCUCUCUCCAAGCCGCAACACACCGGCCCCCGUAGCAACGCCUGCCAGCCCACCGCCCGGACCCCCGCCUGCCCCCCAGCCUGGCCCGCCACCCUCUGUCAUCACUUUUGCCCACCCAGCUCCCUCGGUCAUUGUUCACGGGGGCGGGAGCGGGGGCGGGGCAGGGGGUGGGCCGGCCAGCACAGGGGGAGCCCAAGCUGCGUCGGUCAUCACUUACACUGCUCCCCCGAGGCCCCCCAAAAAACGUGAGUACCCACCUCCUCCCCCUCAGCCUGCAGCCACACCAACCAGCCCUGCCACGGCCGCCAGCCCGGCCACGGCUGCAGGGCCGGCCGCAGCCACGGAGGAGGCCAAGGGCCGGAACCCUCGGGCCGCAAGGACACUGACCUACACAGCCAAGCCAGCUGGCGGGAUUGGCGGGGGUGGGGGUCCCCCCGCGGGGCCUGGCCGGGGCCCCUCUCAGCUACAGGCUCCACCUCCACUGUGUCAGAUCACUGUGCGAAUCGGGGAGGAGGCCAUUGUCAAGCGCCGCAUCUCAGAGACUGACCUGCGCCCUGGGGAGCUGAGCGGAGAGGAGGUGGAGGAGAGCGAGGAGGAGGAGGACGACGACGAGGACGAGGACGACGACGACGACGAGGAGGACGACGACGACGAAUCGGGCGCCGGCGGGGAGGACCAGCUCUGGAGGCCCUACUACUCCUACAAGCCCAAGCGCAAGUCCACCCGCUUCGCCUGCCCGCACUGCGCCAAGGUGUGCAAGACGGCGGCCGCCCUGAGCCGCCACGGGCAGAGGCACGCGGCCGAGCGGCCCGGGGGCACCCCCACGCCCGUCAUCGCCUACUCCAAGGGCAGCGCUGGCACCAGAGCCGGGGACGUCAAGGAGGAGGCCCCCCAGGAGAUGCAGGUCUCCUCGUCCAGCGGGGAGGCCGGUGGCGGGGGCGCGGCUGCGGAGGAAGCUUCCGAGACCGCGUCUCUCCAGGACCCUGUCAUCUCCGGGGGUGAGGAGCCCCCACUGGUGGCAGGAGGGGGCACCUACGCCUAUCCGCCUGUGCAGGAAUUUCCACUGGCUCUGAUCGGGAGCGGCAGGGAACCGAGUGGUGGGAGGGUCAAAUCUGGGAGCGAGGGGCCGGUUGGGGCCGGGGAGGGGGACCGCGUAGAGGGGGUGGGGGCCGCCAAAGUCACUUUCUACCCCGAGCCCUACCCACUCGUCUAUGGCCCCCAGCUCCUUGCCGCCUACCCUUAUAACUUCAGCAACUUGGCCGCACUCCCGGUUGCUCUCAACAUGGUCCUACCUGAUGAGAAGGGUGGGGGCGCCCUCCCCUUCCUUCCAGGGGUCUUUGGCUACGCAGUCAAUCCUCAAGCGGCACCCCCUACCCCCCCAACUCCACCUCCGCCGACUCUUCCUCCACCGGUCCCCCCUAAGGGAGAGGGGGAAAGGGGGGGGCUUGAGAGAACCCAGAAGGGAGACGUGGGGUGAGCUCUGGGCCCACCUCCCCCCUUUCACCAGACGCCACCCUCCCUGAACCCCCUGCCACUACCAGCUCCCUAGCUUCCCUGCCCCCUGGGAGCCCCUCCACACUCUUGUGCAGGGACUUGGGGGCCCCUGGAGCUCAGGGGUCAGGCUGCUUUGUGUGAGAUUGUAGUUUUCCCGUGUCCUGGGAAGGGAUCUGUGGUGGUGACGCCCCUCUCAGUUCUCCUCCAGGGAAUGGCCUCCACGAGGGGCAGGGCCAGCUCCCAUCCCUUCUCCAGCCCUUGGGGCAACUGAGCAAUAUACUUCUCCGACUCUCUACUCACGGCCCCCACCAGCUCUGAAUGUCUAACCCACCCUCCUGAUUCCUAAAUGCCGGGGUUGCGGGGGAGGGGGGCGGGGGGAACCAUCCCACUCUGCCUAGUGAUCUCCCCUCCUUCUGCAGCUUUCUCCAAGCCCCUGCCUAGACGCUUCCUAGCACAUUCCAUUCUCUGUGGCCCAGGGCCUGGACCAGACCAUUGUGAUACCUGGCACCCUCCCAUCUGGGAGCUUGGCUCCAGUUCCCAUUCUUCCCAGGGGCGGGGUUCUGGGUCCCUGUUUCCCUCACGUUAGGAUGCCAUGCCUUCCUUGCCUUUGGAUCUUCCAUAUUCCUCCUCAUUCUCCUAGGCUCUGGAGAUGGCCUCUUCCAAUCCAGGUCAAGGAGGUGUUGGGGGGAGGGCUACCCAUCUGUUCCAUGGCUGAGCACUUCCCUAGCCCAGGGCAGCACUAAUCUUGGCCCUAUCUUGACCCUCAAAUCCAGUGAGUCCCAGAUUCUCCUUCCCAGGCAAAGAGGUGAGUAGAUCACGCCUCUUCCUGCCUCUGCCUAUGGCCUCUUCUGGGCUAAAUCAGAUUUGGGGGCCGGGAGGGAGGAGCUCCAUGUGGGAUCGGGAAGGGAAUCUACUUUCUCCUUGUUUUUUGUUUUCUCCUGAUGGUUUCUCCCAGACUAGACCAAAUAGCCAGAAAAGUGAUGGGGGUUGGAUGGGUGGGUAAGCCCAAGAUUUGCACAUGACCUCCCGUCCUUACUUUUACCUCCGUCUUCCCCAGUGUCACUUCCCUCACCAUUCACUCCAGGUGGUUUUUGGGGAACCAUCC